UGUGACGAAGUGGUUGCCUGUUUUCGACUUUUAGCUGCUUGAAUGGCUUGAAUGGUUGUUUGAUUAGCUUUUUGCCAAAUCGUAAUAGCACAAGCGAUUAAGUUUUUGUUUUUGCUUUGUUUUUCAAGCAAAGCAAUCAGGAGCAUUGCUCAACGCGCGACCGAACGGGAAGAACAGAGUGAAAUGUAUUUUGAAUAGUUUUUUAUUAAAAGUAUAAUCAAAUCAAAAAUCUAUCAGUGAACUAUACUUAAACAUAGAUGAAAGCGAAAGUAAAGUGUAAAACAUUUAACAACAGUGGCUCUCAAACUGUAUUAUUUGUGUACUAAGUGUAUUAUUAUUAUUAUUAGCGCACUGCAUGAGGUGUGAUUUUUCUCAUUCAAAUACAAGUUCAAAAUGCAGCUGCAAGAGUUAACAGUAUUUGCAUUGUUAUUUAUGGCUUCCUGUGAAUUGGCUAGUACAAAAUUCUCCUAUGAACGCGGCAAUUGUGAGAUUUUGGUAACGGGUGCUAUACGCGAGAUUUUGAUGAAUGAAAUGCGCGCUCAGCUGGACACAUCGUGGCGUGAGACGAGAAACAAACGUCUGCGUUAUGAUCUUUACACACCACGGAAUCCGUUCAAGGCACAAGUGUUGGUACCAGGCGAUCGCGAUGUGCUACGAACUUCAUAUUUCAAUGCAAAGUGGCCGGUCAGACUCUCUAUUCACGGGUGGACCGGCAAGAGCACCUCCUGUUCGAAUGCCGCAAUUAAAGAUGCCUACCUUUCGGUGGGUAAUUUCAAUGUGAUACUAUUCGAUUGGAGCGCCAUCUCAAUGGACAUCAGUUACGGACGCAUUAGCCGGCAAUUGUCGGAGAUCGCUAAGCAAUUGGUGGAAUUCACGCGUUUUUUGCACCGUGAAACCGGCAUCACCUACGAGUCCAUCUACUUAGUGGGCCACAGCGCUGGUGCACACAUCGCAGGCUUGGCUGGCAAACUACUCAGUCCACAACGUUACGGUGUCAUCUAUGCGCUCGACCCAGCCGGCCUAGUGCAAUUGUCACUCGGCGAAGACAAACGUUUGGCACCUAACGAUGCCAUCUACACCGAAUCAAUACACACGGACAUCACGCUGCUGGGCAAUCCGAGCACGAAACUUAGCCAUGCGGCAUUCUUUGUCAAUUGGGGUCUAGGCCAGCCACACUGUCCAAAUGCGACGGCUGCAGAAUUUGAUUUCGCAUGCGAUCAUUUUGCGGCCUUGUAUUACUUUGUGGAAGCGGUGCGACAACCACGCGCCUUUGGUGCCGCACAAUGCAGACGACGCAGCGAUAGCAACGGCAGCAGCAGCAGCAGCAGCAGUGCCACUUUGAUGGACCAAUUGAGUUGUGGCUGUACAAAUGGUGCAGCAGUGGUGCCAAUAGUGGCAGGUGAAUGCACUGCGACCGCGUUCAUGGGAGGUGAACCGGCUGUGCCAAAAAACGGCACCUUCUAUCUGAGUACGCGUUCUAAGCCGCCAGCAUUUGGUUUUGGCGAAACGGUGCGGAUCAGACGUGCAGCGCCUGCCAAAUUCUUGCACAGCAGCUUUCUGAAUAAUAAAUUUAUCAACAAUAUAUUGACCAAGUGGCACAAAUGAGUGUGUCAAAGUGGGCAAUUAAAAUGGCGAUGCUAGAGGCAGAGGCAGAGGCAGAGAGUGUAUGAGCGUGUAAGAUGCAUAGGCAUUUAUUAAUGUACAUAGUAAUGUAUGUAUGUGUGUAUGGAGUAUGUAUUUGUGAUACCAUAUAUCGUAAGCUCUUGCAACGGAGGUACAUAUAAGCGGUAAGCCAAGCGAGAUAACGUGCCGCAGCAGUGAAGUGUGAAAUUUGCUCGUAAGCGGGGAUGUGUGCAAUCUGGGCAAGAGCAAAACAAUUUCAGUAAUUUAAGUAAUAAUAAAAAAAAUAAUUUGCUUAAGAAACACGGCGGUGGAGAAUGUUGGAAAAUUAUGCCAAAUUAAAUUGUUUAUUUAUAAGCGAGAAUCGUUUUUAAUCGCUCCAGUUUUGCGGGUAUAAUUAUAGACGUUUUCGCUGUUGCAAAAAAAAUUUACUUUAUACUGCACAAGGAAAAAAUUUACUUGGUAGUUGUAUCCGAAAAGAAUUAAAAAUGUCAGUUGCGUUAAGGCUUGUGUAACUGCAGUGAGAAUAUUUUGGUUUUAAAAAAUAAAACAAAUUAGUAUUUUCUAGAAAAAUAGCAUUUAAGAUAUUUUUUCAUCAAUUAUGAGUAUGUCUUGAUAUCGCAACUGUCGGUAUGUACAAGUAGAUAAUAUGACUGUGCAAUUUUCUCAGACACAGGUAAUGUUUGAAGCGUUAUAAAAAGUAUAAGCUAGCAAGCAGCUCUGUUCAUUUGCGACGAA